AUGGGUAACCCACCAAUAACCUGGAUCUGGAAGUGUGGAGAGAGAACGCUCUCCCAAAGAAGGAUUAGUAACUAUGGGUGCUCGUCAAAGAUCGUGUUUGCGGUUGAGCCUUGGCAAAACGGAGAAUCUUGUUUUUGUGAGGCUACAAGUACAAGAUUUAACUACAAUAAACCAUCAAAUACACAAAAUGUCACUGUAUAUUACGCACCGGUAGACUUCCCUGAACUUAUCAACAAAACACAGGUGCACGUGGAGGAAAACUCGCCAAUUAUCCUUCGUUGUCGUGUGUUCUCUGCCGGAAACCCUCGCCUCUAUUGGUCCUGGUACUGCGGGGAUCUUCUGAUAGAAAAGGAAACGAGUAACGGUGACACAUGGUCAGAGUUGACAUUUAUAGCCUCCAAACAAUUCCACCAGAAGGCGUGCUACUGUCGAUUGCAAUCAAAGUUAAACUUGGUUACUUACAACAAAACUUCUCAAAAAAAGUUUAUAACCAUAAAAAGCGAUAAUACUUGUUUCUCUGUUGCCACAUUCGUAACAACAACAUCUGUACUCUCAACAGUCUUGGUUACAAUGUUUCUGGCCAUUUUGGUAAAAAAUGUCAGAAAAAGACCACUAAAUUGGCAGCAAUGGAUACACUUUCAUGAUUUGUUCAGGAAUUCGAGAUGCACAGCUCCACCUCAACCAAAAGUCAGACAAAAUGACGACAGGACCAUCACAUUUAUAGAGGACCGUACUUAUGAAGUCGUCCAAUCUCACAAGAAAAAGAAGCGGAAAGGUACAAUCACAUUGUCUACAUGUAACACAUUUUCCAGGAAGAAAGAAAAGCUCUCCAAUAUAUGA